AUGGCGCCUAGUUACCACAUCGGUCAGCGGCUGUCUUAUGAUGGCGCGCUCUGCACGGUCCGCUAUAUCGGGCCCGUCGCUGGCACAUCGGGCACAUGGCUCGGCGUAGAAUGGGACGACGCUGGACGCGGGAAGCAUGAUGGCCGGCAUAAAGAUGUCCGGUAUUUCUCAUGCCUUUCCAAAAACCCCACGGCCGCCUCGUUUGUGCGGCCAUCCCGCCCCACCGACGCUGCGCAGAGCUUCGUUGCAGCGUUGCACAGCAAGUACAACGCCGAGGCGGUGGCGGAGCGCGAGGCAGAGAUCCAGAUUGUCUUUUUCGGCAAGAAGCCCGCCGAGGAGGUCGGCUUCGACAAGAUCCGCCGGCAGCUUGCGCGCGUUGAGGACCUGACCAUUGUGAUCCUCGACGGGGCACGCAUCACCGUCGAUGUUGCGCCUGGGGAUAAGGGCGUCAGGGAGACAAGUCCUCUCAUCGCGGAGCUGGAUAUCAGCAGAAAUCUGCUUGAGGAGUUUGGACAAGUAGUGAAGAUUUGCCAAGAACUUGAAAGCCUGAGGAGUUUAAGACUCAAUGGCAACCGGUUCCGGGUUAUCGAAGAUGGGGAGACCAGCGCUUUCGCAAAAGUCAAGGACUUGGAGCUCGAGGAGAUGUUGCUGGACUGGGGUCCUCUCUGCGGCAUCGCUCACAAGUUUCCAUCCCUGUCGACCUUGAGCUGUAGCUUGAACCAGCUGUCCGUCCUCCCGCCCGUCUCUUUCGGUGCUCUAGCCAACACGCUGACAACCUUAACUCUCGAAUUCAACGAAUUCACCUCCUUUGCCGAUGUUGCAUCCCUAUCCUCUCUCACCUCUCUCAGUAACCUCCACUUAAAGGGCAACAGCAUUUCUACCAUCGCCCCGCCUUCCACUCCGACACCCGUCUUUCCCCGGAGCCUGCGGUACCUCGACAUAUCCUACAACGCCGUCACGACAUGGUCCUUCAUCGACGCUCUCCCCAUUUCCUUCCCAGGCCUCACGGCCCUCCGGCUCGCCCAUAAUCCCGUCUAUGAUCGACCCGACCCGAAUGCCGUCGACGGUGGCGCCCAGACAAAGUCGACGGACGAGGCCUUUAUGAUCACCAUUGGCCGCCUCGGCGCGCUGAAGGCCCUCAACUUUACCCCCAUCUCGGCCACGGACCGCGCCAACGGUGAAAUGUUCUACCUCUCCCGGAUUGCCAAGCAGCUCGCAUCUGUUCCUGAGGCUGCCGAGACUGAGGUCCUUGCUCAGCACGCCCGCUACGCGGAGCUCUGCGACAUAUAUGGCUCUCCGGACAUUAUUCGCCGCGACGAGAUUAAUCCGAAUUACCUCGAGGCUCGCCUCAUCACCGUUCAUUUCACGCACAUGACAAAGGCCACGAAGACUGCCACAAUUCCAAAGUCUUCCGACAUCUAUGCCGUCAAGGGUAUCGCGGGAAGGUUGUUUGGUGCGGAGCCGUUGCGUCUCCACCUGGUAUGGGAGACGGGCGAAUGGGAUCCUGUCGGCGGGUUUGAUGAGGACGAGAACGCGGAUGACAGCAGCGACGAGGAGGACGCCGGGAAGAGCGGUGAGGGAGCUGGAAUGAGGACCGAUACUAUCGUGCGUGAGGAGAAGGUUGGUAGGUGGGUGAAAAGGGAGGUCAGCCUCAAGGAUGGACCUAGGCAGCUAGGCUUCUGCGUGGACGGGAUGGACGUCAGGAUUCGUGUGGAGGAUAAAUGA